AUGGGGGCCUUGAUAUCCUGCAUGGAACGCAUUGGUAAACGAGGGCCUCUUGUAGAGGACGUGGAGUCCCCUCGGAAUGAUGGCCUCGAAGAGGAAGUCGUGCCGCGGAACCGGCCCGCUGUCCGGCGACCAACCUUCGCCCCUGCGCUUGAGACUAAACGCCUACAAGAAAAGUCCCAAAGUUUCUCACAAGUCGACGGUAACGAAGAGCCGACCACCGAGCGACCCGCAGAUCUCCUUGAAAAACUACGCGACGUCCUCAACGCCCCCGCCAUCCAAAAGCAAGGCAUCUUCGAGAAGAAAAUUACUCUUAAGCUCGACAGUUCUGGUUCAAAGCUGGAAUGGUACGGUUCAAACGCGCGUACUCCAUUGGGCAGUGUGCCCAUAUCUUCGAUUUCGGAGAUUCGUCAAAGCAAAACGUCAUCGGAUUACGUAGAAAUCCAGAAAGGCUCGGAGGUGAUUACCUUUGGGUUCCUGGACCCCGCCGAUCGCGAAAUCUUCCAAAGAGCGCUUGAACAAUACACCCAGUAA